AUGGCUCUUGUUCCCUAUGUGGAAAACCCGUUACCUGCGCUUUCCAAACUCCACAACUCAACAGCACAGUUCCGGUUUGCCAACCAUGACCUCCGUCUCGCUCAGGACUGGAGGAAGCUCGGGGUAGCAGCAGUUGUGUGGGAUGCGGCAGUUGUCAUGUGUAUGUACCUGGAGAUGGGGAAGGUGACGUUAAAGGGGAAGGCAGCCAUUGAACUGGGAGCUGGGACUGGACUGGUGGGCAUUGUGGCAGCUCUGCUGGGUGCCAAAGUGACCAUCACUGACAGAGCGCCUGCCCUGGACUUCCUCUCCGCCAACGUAAAGGAAAACCUGCCCCCGGACUCCCAGGGAUCAGUGGUUGUGUCCGAGCUGACCUGGGGCGUUGGACUUGACCGUUACCCAGCUGGGGGAUUUGAUCUGGUGCUGGGAGCAGACAUUGUUUACCUGGAGAACACCUUUGUGCCACUGCUGCAGACUCUGGAGCACUUGUGCUCAGACACCACUGUGGUGUUACUGGCCUGUAAGAUCCGCUACAAGCGAGACACAGACUUUUUGAGCAUGAUGAAGCAGCGUUUUGUCAUUGAAGAGGUCUACUAUGACAAACAAAGGGACAUCCAUGUAUAUAAAUCCUGGAAACUGCCACCUAAGAACGAUCUAUGACAACUGAGUGUCCUAACUGGCUAUUUUUCUAUCACUGACUGCCUCCAUCUUUGUAAUAAUUCACAUCUUUUUGCAUAAGAAUCAAAUAAAAUGUCAAAGAUUA